CAUCAUCAGCAACGUCCUUGACCCGUGAAGGACGUGCUGUCGUUGACCACAAUUCAACUCCCCAUCGCCUUCAAACACGAUGUCGAGCAAAUCUUCGCAGCUGGUGCACCGGCCGUCGCAGUCCUACAACCGGAUCGCCAACCCUAGGGACCAUGCCCCUGCGCUCGGCGAGCUUCCCUCGGAGCUGAUCGGGCAGAUCCUGCGCUAUCACAGCGAGGACAAGGCCACGAUCUCCAUCUGCGCGCUCGUAUGCCGCGUCUGGCACAUCGAAGCGAGCCGCCUGCGCAUGUCCAAGAAGGAGCUUGUCCGCUACCAGGACCAGCUCGACGAGUUCUUCGAACUGCUUAAGCCCCCCUACUCCGGCCUGCGCGUGCUCCCGAUCGAGUCGCUCACCAUCCGCUCGAAGGAGUCGAAGGCCGACUUCGACGUGAUGGACAACUUUUUACACUGGCGCACCAGUGACGGGCUCCCCCUCUCCGCUGUCCUCACCUCCAUCACGAAGCUCACCUUCGACUCCGUACGCGUCGGCGAGCUCACGUCCGCCGGGCUCCAUACCCUCACCAACUUCGAGCGCGUCACCGCCCUUGAGCUUGACUGGGUCACCUUCCCGUACUCCCACACUCUCCUCCUUCCCAUCAUCGCCCUCAAGUCACUCGAGCUUGCCACCCUUCGUGGGUGCCGUGUGGGCACCGUCACUCGCGGCCCAACGUUUACCCCCACACAUGAGCGCCUUAAGGCCCUCGUGCUGAAGGACGCUAGCCGGGACGUCCUUACCGUCUUUGCCAACGGGAUCCGCUAUAGGAAAGGACUGCGCGCGCUCCACCUUGCCUUCAUCAACUACCGCGUGCCGAUCGAUGUUAUCUGGGAGUCGCAGGAGCUGCUCAAGACCGCGGGGCCGUCGCUGGACGAGCUGAAGGUGGAGAUUACCGCGAACGGGACCUUCUAUUCGGAGGCGGAAGAACAGGCUUUCCUCGACAUGCUCCGCCUACCCCACAACCCGAACCUGCGGCACAUCAUCCUCGACAUCGUCGCCGAGUGGCUCAUCCUCCCAUUCGUCAAGGGCCUGACGAUGGACACCGUCCAGGACCUCGUCUUCACGCUCGACUGCGGGAUCAUCAGCCCAGACAAGCAAACCUACUGGGCGGAACUGGACGACCUCCUCGCCUCGCCGCAAUUUGAGCAGCUCAAGGCACUCCGGUUCUUCCUCUUCCGUCGGCUGGACAAUCGCUUUGUGGACGAGCUACAUCGGCUGUUGCCCCGCUUCUCGUCGAGGGGGGAGAUCACCGAGGCGGCGUUCUAGGAUGACAGUAUGCGCGCGAUUGGAACAGUGGCGAUCAAUGGCGAGUUGGAUAUUCAUUGGUCUCUGUACGUACGAGUGGUGGGGCAUACCCCGGGGAUGUUUACGAAGGGCGGUCGCUCAUCGGGGAGGUCUGUCGCCCUGUCUUACCCGUGCUUCCUAUUCAUGCAUUCAUGUUCUCUGACGAAGAUAAAGGGUGGACAAUUUGCGGCUCGUAUCAUGGUGCAUAUGUCGUCUGUUCGGACACUCUACGACUGCGUAUAUAGUACGUCUACAUGAAUCCACAUCACUGCCGUAUAAGAAUGACAGAUCGGCGAAUGUGUGUACAACGAGAAGCUCGCGAGCGGUCU